GUGGGAUGAGGUCAAGCAAACUGUGGUGGAAGAUGAUGAUGUAUAUUCAACAUGGAUUAAGGUAUUUCAUGAUUUUUAAAUGAUGUUUUCUACUAUAGGCUGUGUUUAUUUUUUUUGCUGGUUUUUGUAUUGGUGGUAGAGUGUGUGAACUUAGACUUUUUUCAUGGCUGUUUACUUGAGAUUUAUUAGAAUAACCCUGCCUUCUCUGGCCUCAAGAAGCCAUUCCUGUAAUACGACCAACUAUCAAUUAUAUUUGGUAAGGAUAGAGCUAUGGGUGGAGAAGCAAGUAGCAUCAACACGGAGUAUGCUACCCAUAAGGUGGACUCGCCUGCUGCCAUUGAUGUGGAUUCUGUAGCUAGCAUUGACUUGGAGACCCUCAAUGAUGAUGAAACCAACCAACGUGUCUUGGAGAAAAUCAUAAAUGAAGGUGUUGAACACAGGACCUUCAUCGAUCCCCCCAAAUCUGGUCCUGCCAAGCCAUCCAACUCAUUGGGAAGUAACAAGCGUUCAAGGAAUGAUAAGAAAGAAUCAGCUGGUACCAUUGUGGCUUCUAAGAUAUCGAAACUGCAACCUCUCAUGGAGAAAGCUACCAUCAACAUUGAAAAGAUGGCUAAUAGUUUUUGUCUUGAAGAUGAACUAACUAUCAGGAGGGGUCACUUGUACGAGGAGCUGUCAAAGGUGAAAGGAUUAUCAAGUGAGCAAUGCAUUUCAGCAGCGAUGCUUCUCAUUAAGGAUGAUCGAAUUGCACAAUUGUACUAUCAGCUCCCAAUAGAAGAUGAGAAAUUUCAUUUUCUCCUUCGUAUCAUCAACUAAAAGGUGUUGUCCUCAACUACCAGUAGCAAGAUUAGUGUAACUUGAAUGACUGGAGAACUAGUUUGUAUUAUAGAUCGAAGGAUGGUGAAGUUAUUAUGGUAGGUUUAGGUAGUUGACUACUAAGUCUCGUUAUUAUGGUAGGUUUAGGUGAAAUAUUUUGCUUAUCUUUUAUUAUUGGUGGGAGAAUUGUGAAGUCCUUUAUUAUGUUUCGUGGGACUACAAGGAAGUAUAUUUUGUAAUAGCCAAUAUAUGGCUAUGUUCCCUGUUGAAUUGUCUUAUUUCCACGGUUGAUGACAGUAUUGGCCUGAUUGUGGCUUUGUUUACCAAAAUGAUGUAUUAACAGGGACUCUUUGUUGCUGGUAUUUAUAUAUGAUCAAAUAUCUAGUAAGUAGUAGUACUAGAAAGCCAUUUCCCUGUUUUUGGUAAUUCAUUUAUUCAGGCUUAUGCUCUCUGGGCAUGCUCUUUUGCUCCUAUUGCUAGCAUAUAAUUUAGGAUUUGUGUUGUCUCAAUGAAAAGACCAGAAAGAU